UUCGCUUCACCGCGAAAACACGUCGCUAUAGCUCAAUAUAAGAUCGCAAGCCAGCCGGAGUUAUAUUCAAACAACCUGAAAUAAUACAACCACCUGCAGUGCAACUAACAGUAGCUGCGGAUAGACAGUACCGAAACACCUUAUGCGCGCAUCAAGGAACUCAAGUGACGUGACAUGGUUCUCAAAAGUGAUAUUUGACGCGAGUUUAUUUGAUUGUUUGUGAUAUUUAUUUUAAUUUUUGAUAUUACAAAACAUGCUAUUUUAUAGAACUUUGUGACAUUCGAUUUUCGUUCGGUUAUACUAACGUCUCCGUUCCACAAACAAAACUUUGUCGAGUCGAACGCCGUUGGAAGCGACCAGCUAGCCAGUGAGUGUUCAAGUCCGUGCAAGAGCCGCCAUACAUCGCCGCCCGCCCGCAUAGAAUGGUAGAAACUGACCCGGGGCCUAAGAAAACUCACAAUUGUGAUGUAAAAGGGAACCUCCAACUAAACGGACCAGGUUCCAAAGCUGUCGACCUUGGUGUCGUUCCGUCCCUGAAGACCCCAGUCAAAUCUGAUCCGGAAAAAGGUCCAAAUUCGGAAAAGGCUGACUUCGAGAAAGCUAUCGAAUUAACUGGAUAUGGACGAUUCCACUACCUGCUGUUGGCGGUAUGCGGCCUCGUCAGCACCUCAGAGGAGAUGGACGUCAUCUCGAUGUCCUUCAUACUCCCGUCGGCGCAGUGCGACUUAGAUCUCACUACACAGACUAAAGGAUGGCUGAAUAGCAUAAUUUUCAUCGGCAUGAUGGUGGGCGCAUACGCGUGGGGCUCCGUGGCAGACUCGCUGGGCCGCAAGCGUGUGCUCAUCGCUAUCUCUGUGAUCAACGGCGUGGCCAUCGUCUCGUCUUCCUUCAGCCAGAACUAUGAGCUCUUCAUGCUUUUCCGAUUUAUAAAUGGUGCCGCGUUGGGUGGUUCUGGGCCCGUGAUAUGGUCAUACUUCGCGGAGUUCCAGCCUAAAAAGAAACGAGGUGCGAUGUUGAGUUUCAUGGCUGCCUUCUGGACGUUGGGCAACUUGUUCGUCGCCGGUCUAGCAUGGGUCAUAAUUCCAGCUGAAAUCGGUGGCGUAACUGGUGGUUUCGUAUAUAACUCGUGGCGAAUCUUCCUCUUAGUUAUGUCACUACCUUCGUUUCUGGUGGCUGCACUACUGUUCCUCCUACCAGAAUCCCCCAAGUUUUUAUUGAUGACGGGUCGCCAAGAGGAUGCACUUGAAGUAUUCCGAAGCAUCUACCUCAUGAACACGGGCCGCAGUAAAGAGGAGUACCCAGUAAAACAAUUGUUGAUCGACGAACCAGUUAACACAAAGCCAGAAAAACAAAUCGAGCCGAAAGAGCCUAAAUCGAAGAUGAAAAAAAUGUUAAGCGACAUCGUGGAGCACAGUAAACAACUAUUUGUACCGCCGAUACUCAAGUUCACCACGAUCUCUAUCACAAUCAACUUUACAUUUCAUAUUGGGUACUACGGGCUGAUGAUGUGGUUCCCCGAGAUGUUCAACCGUUUCGACGAGUGGUCCCGCACUCACGACGACGCGCCCGCAGACAUCUGUCAAGUGACAGCGUACGUGACCCGCCAGGGUACGCACUCGGAUUCGGUCGCGUGCGAUGCACACAUACACUCCGAUGUGUUUAUGGAGUCGCUCAUCACCGUCGCCGCCGCAAUACCGUCCAACAUAUUCGCCGUGCUUGGCAUGGAUAGACUUGGCAGGAAGUUUUUCUUAGUUUUCGCGACAUUCUCGGCGGGCUUAUGCUCGGCCGCGAUGUACUUUGUGUACAACAAGACAAACAAUUUGAUCGUGAGCGCCAUCUUCAGUUCAGUGAUAUCGUGUGGUAACGCCUCGCUCGAUUGCCUCAUCACCGAAGUCUUCCCGACCAAUUUACGUGCAACUGGAGUAGCAGUGUCUAUGGUAGCAGCUAGACUGGGCGGUAUAAUCGGUAACGUGGUCAUAGCAGCAUUACUGGACACCUACUGCCCCGCUCCCACCUUCAUCGUCGCCGUACUCUUGGCCAGCGGCGGCCUAAUGUGCCUUCUCCUGCCCAACACCACCAGACAAGCGCUGCAAUAAACCUCAUGCCACCAGUGUGACUUCUUUGGAACUAAUAUACAGGCAUCUAUGCCUAAUGCCCCUAAAGCGAGUUUAAUACAGAUUUAGGUUAUUAUUGCUUCAACGUUUACUUUGAUAAUUUGUAUUGAAAGCAGAGCCUCUAGCGGUUGGUUUCGGAAGCUUAGAUUUCCAUAUGAACUUUAUCGACGUAAACGUGAACGAAAUAGUAACAUAAAUCAGCUAAACUCCCACUAGCCACUUGGAAUAGUGUAUUCAGUGCAAAUUUUGUUAUCGUAAAUCGAUUCCAACGAUCCUCUGGUGUAACUAGUUCUUUUUGUACAAUAUUUUUGUAUUUAAAUUUAAUUUAUGAAACAAAUGAAAGUACGAGAUAUAUUUUAUAGUGAGUAAACAAAUGACUGUUGUAAGUUGUUAUAACUUAUUUUGUUCGAGAUGCAAAAUGUUAACUACGAAACUAAGUUUCACGCAUUUUGUUCGAUAAAAUAUCAUAGGCUAAGUUUAGUAUCAUCCAUACAUAUUUCUUGUUGUAUAUUGCAACAGUUUUCAUGUUACGAAUUUAUAAAUUAGCAAUUGUUACCGUAGUCUUAUUAGUAAUGUAGUUUGUAGUGAAGAAUAAAAAAUUUGCAAGUUGAAAACGCUACUUGUGUAGUAAUCCAUAUCUACCUACUUAAAAACAAUUUAAAACUCAAAUUUAUUUACAAUGAAAAAAUGAGUACGAUUUCUGUAAUGAUUCACGAAUAAAAUUUGUUGAAAAUCAAAUUAUGACCUAUGUUGAGACUAAGAGUAAAUGCUAAAUAACUUGCUA